AUGCUACGUUCUAACGAAUCACUUAAACGUGCCCGCCUUGCAAAUGCCAGUGCUGGAGACAUUAGUGGUUCCAUGCUCUGCGCCAGCGCCGGUGGGGGGAACAGCAGUGCUGGCGGCAAUAGUUGUGCACUACUCACAGGGCUAACACCUGAACAGGAAGGCCUUGUAGUCAACAUGGCGGCUGCUCAGCUUCUUGCCGGGAGCUCGAAUAUACUUACUGGUUCAAAUGCCGGUGUUAGUGGAUGCGUUGGAUUCGGUUUGGGUGGUUCGAUGAUUAGCACAGCAGCAGCGGCAGCAGUGGCUGCUAGCAUGAUACCUAGCAGUACAAAUGCGGCGAGUACUCUUGGUCUGGGUUCUGGUGAUGAGACUGGAAGCUUCUAUCAAAGCAAGCUGAGUAUAGCCGAGAAAUUGACGCAAGCACACACUAAAGAGCUGGUCAAACGGAGUGGCGCAAACUUGGCUGAUCUUGUAAAUCAGGAUGCUUUGGCUGCCUUG